GCCAAAGGGGAUUUGCUGUGCUCUCUGGCACCUUCCUCGUCUCAACCUACAGCAAAGGCUGAUGCUGUCAUGUUUGGGAACCACAAGGGUCUGAUUGUAGGGUGUCUCAUAGUCACCUCACUGCUCUCUGGGAUAAUCGCUCUCAUCCUCAGCCUCGUCAGUUCCCAAACUCUCAUUCAGCCGUCACCAGACAAGUAUGGCAUGGUGUUCGAUGCAGGUUCCUCCCAUACCACCCUGUUCUUGUACCAGUGGCCGGCCAAUAAGGAGAAUGACACAGGGAUUGUCAAACAAGUCUAUACCUGUGAUGUACCAGGACCUGGGAUUUCCUCCUAUGCCGAGAGCCCGUCACAGGCAGGGGAAAGCCUGAAACCUUGUCUGGACCAGGUUCUGAGAGUCAUCCCAGCUGCGUUGCAGAAGGAGACCACUGUCCUGCUCGGAGCAACUGCCGGCAUGAGGCUUCUCAGAAUGCAGAAUGCCACCAAAACCCAACUUAUUUUUGAUGAGAUCUCUAAAACGCUUGGUGGGUACCCAAUGAAAUUCCAGGGGGCACGUAUACUGACUGGCAGCGAGGAAGGUUCCUUAGGAUGGAUCACAGUCAACUAUCUUCUGAGCACCUUUAUCGGGUAUACGUUCCUGGGCAGCUGGGUUCAUCCAACCGGCGGACAGACGUUCGGAGCCAUGGACCUUGGUGGGGCUUCUACGCAGAUGACCUUCCAGCCUGCAGGGGCCAUUCAAGAUAAGGACACCGAAAUGUUUUUCCGGCUGUAUGGCUAUAACUACACAGUCUACACCCACAGCUAUCUCUGCUAUGGUCAGGAUCAAGUCUUUAAGAGGCUGCUCGCGAAUCUUCUACAGGGCAGGACAUUUGGCAUAGUGCAACACCCCUGCUAUGCCAAGAGCUACACUGCCAACAUUUCCCUGGCAUCUGUGUUCAACAGCCCCUGCGUACCCACUGGGCCGGCCAACUUGGCUUUAAAUGUCACCGUGGAAGGGACGGGGGACCCGGCAGAAUGUCACCGAGCCAUCACCAAUGUCUUUAACUUCUCUGCCUGUGCCAACAAUGCUAACUGUUCUUUCAAUGGGGUCUACCAGCCGCCUGUGCAAGGGGAGUUCUAUGCUUUCUCUGCCUUUUAUUAUACAUUGAACUUCCUCAACUUGACUUGCGGACAAUCACUGAGCGAGGCCAAUGGCACCAUCUGGAAUUUCUGCUCCAGCGACUGGAGCAAGCUUAUGGAAUCCUUUCCUUUGGAGAACCGGAAGCGCCUGCUGGAAUACUGCAGCUCUGGGAUGUACAUACUCUCUCUCCUGUUGGACGGGUACAAGUUUGACAGUCAGACCUGGAACAAGAUACACUUCUCUAAGCAGGUCGGCAACAUGGACAUUGGAUGGACCCUUGGGUACAUGCUGAAUCUGACCAACAUGAUCCCGUCCGAAGCUCCGAUGAAAUUGCAGGCCCACAGCUACAGUGUUUGGGUGGGAGCCAUAUUCUUCAUUGUACUGAGCAUUGUGGUGGGGCUGCUGGCUGCUCCCUUACACUGCUUCUGUAGAAACCUAUCUCCAGGGCAGACCAGAUGGACAUGAGGGGAACCAGACCUUUAAUUCCCACCCAUAAAAGUGUCCAACAAACUCAUGAUUUAUAUAUUCAAUACUUUCAAUACUUUUCACUUACGGUAAGUCUCAGCCCUGGCCAUCCAAGUGCCUCAAGUCAAGCACACUGGACAUUGGUGUUGUUUUAAAGGCUCCGAGAUAGAUGGGAUAUUUAAGCACUUGAUGCUUGACAUAGGAGGAGACC